UUCUUUUGAGGAUAAAUCUUAAAGAUAAAACAAGUUUCUACAGUUUGUGCAUGAUUCUUUUUUAGGCAAACGUUUAAAAAAAAUCCAAGUGGGUCUGUAAACUUAUAUCAAUAAUGUCAUAAAUGAAAAUAUAUUGAUGCAUUGACUGUGAGGCUUACAAUAAAGACCUUUUACAUUUAUUAGAGAAUGAUAAUGAAUGUCUUGGAACCAACAUCUCGUGUGGGAGUUGCUCUUGACCUUAUCCUUAAAACAUUGAUAUCUUCACAAGAUUUUAAUGAGUUACAGACAAAGAAUUGGGAAGCUAUUGCUAGACUUAUACCUGGAUCUUCACCUGGACAGGUUGCGAGAAGAUAUGAAGAGUUAUUGCUGACAGGGGAUGUGUAUGCUAUGAAUCAGUUUGAGAAAAAUUACACCAUUCCUGGAGCUUCAUCACAAGUCAGUCUGACAGAAUCUGAUCUUAGCAGUAAAACUGGAGGAAGUUUACCAGGAUCUGCAUCACAGAAAGGAGAUAAAGAUAGCAAAGAUACAAAUGAAUCAAAAAGUAAACAAAGUGGACGAAACAGUGAUGAUCAAGGUCCUGUUAUGACUAUACAUGUCUGUGAUGAAGCUAAAAGCUUGAAACAAGAUUUCCAUUGUCCCCGUGAUCUGUUGGUCCAGGAAAUGAAAUAUUUUGCAGAGUAUUUAUCAACAGAUGCUCAGCGUUGGGAAGAAGUAGAUAUUUCUGUCCAUUGUGAUGUACAAAUAUUUGAUUGGUUGAUGAAAUAUGUAAAACGAGGCUCAAAAGAUGUACCAGAGAAACCAAGGCUAGAGGCAAGCAAUGUGAUAUCAAUUUUGAUUUCGUCAGAUUUUCUAAAAAUGGAUUCACUUGUACAAGAAUGUAUAGAGUAUUGCCAUGGUAACAUGUCAGCUAUAGUCUCAACACCAUGUAAUAUGAAUUGUAUCAAUGAAAAACUUGUUGGAAGGAUAGCAGAUCUGUUUACACACAAUGAAGCUGAUGACAUAAAAGACAGAAAAGAUAAAUUUAAAAGUAAAUUAUUUGCCAAGAAGUUGGAGAAAUUGUUUGAUCCUAAUUCUACAAAUCUUGAUUCUCCAGAAUGUGCUGCUACAUUAAUGAGAUGUUCUGUUUGUAAGAAGGUCAUGGGUGGUAGUCUUGAGAAGAAAUUGAAAUGUACACCAAGCAGAUUAACUGUUGAUCGGAGAGGAACAUUAACAUUUUGUCAUAUAAGAGAUCCAUCGUUUGAUGUUAAUGAAUACCUACUGGAACUUAAAGGACAACUGAAGACCUGGCGAGAGGUUUACUGGAGGGUAUGGGGGACCAUUAAUUAUCUUAUAUGUACACGAUGUAAGGAGGUGUUCCCCUGCAGUGAUCUAGGACAUUGUAAAUACCACCCUGAACCAGCUAGAUAUGAUAAUGAAGGAUCCCUUCAUUCCUGUAUCGGGACUUAUCCAUGUUGUCAUCAGAGGGUAUUAAGGUUUGAUCCUACACAACAAAAUAAGGGAUGUCGAGUUCGUGAUCACAUUGUGACUGUGUCUGAUCUGCCGACAGAGGGUGAUAAGCCUCCACAAAAUAGGGUCUAUGAUGACCUACUUUCUCACCGAGAUGUUAUCUGUGUACCAUACCAAAGACUGUCAGAUGCCAGUGAAAUGGAGUUUAAAUUAUUUGAUAAUGAAGAGUUUGUAUGUUACUCACACAAAGACGGAACAGCUUUACACCCGGCUCUACUGGCUGCUGUUGAUGAUGACAAAAAAACUGAGGCUGGCAAACCUCAGCCAAGAUUACAGGCUCUUACUAUGGAGAGAGAACUAUCAUUUGAAUAUGAUGAUGUUGGCCUAGGAGAGAGUGAUGAUGAAGUAGGAGAUGAUGAACAACCAAGGGGAACAGCCCGUAGAGCUAGAGGCAUUAAGAAAUCUAUGGUUACAAUAGAUCCACAGGCAAUUUUAAUGGAUGCCCCAGAAUUUGAACAAACAAAGAAAUCUACCUGGGAUACAGGUAGAUCCAUGAGGUAUAAUCAAGAUGCACAGAGACAAGAAGAUCAAAGAAGGAUGAAGGAGAUAAGAGUUUAUUUGACAAAGUUAAGAUUGAAUCCAGAGAAAAUUGAUAAGCCUAAAAAGGAGUUUUUGGGAGGUCAGUAUUGUAAGAUUGAAUCACAGUGGAGAGCCAAUAAUUUACAGAAUGGAAACAAACCAGGAAUAGGAACAUUUAGGGGUAGACCUAUUGUUGGUGGUGUUCGACGGGAAAAAUCACACAUGUAUUGAUGUCGUCAAGGGCAAAACCAAUGAGGUUUUCAUCCCUGAGGUCGUCCAUGUCUUGAUCAUCAGUAUUGAAGUCACCCCGUAUAAUGACAUUGAUGUUGGCACUAGAAAUAUUGAACAAAGACUUGCCACUGCUGACAUAGAGGCAUUUAUGACUUUUAUUCACUGCAUUUAAUGCAAGAAGUCAUUUUAGCAGACGACAGGUGCACAAGACAUUUAUUUUUACAAAUAUGCUGCUUAUAUCACAAGGAACUAUCUUUUGUAUUUUAUUUAUAAACCAUUUUUUGUUUAUGUUAAAAAAAAUGUGAUAUUGAAAAUCACACUAUAAGAAUUAUUACACUGUACAAAAUUAAGUUUUUAAUCUUUCAAAAAAUAUAAGAAAAGAAACCAGGAGAUUUAAAAUCUCUGAAAAUAAUCUACUUUACAGUAAUAACUGGAUUCAUUUAUUUUUUGGUGGAUGGAGGAAAUUUUCAUGGUUAUUUAUGUUUUGCUGAUUUGCUUAAAUCUGCAUACAAGCUGAUAGAAAAUUUGAAAUUCAUUGAAACUUUAAAUUUGUAGUUCAUCAGAUAAAUCCUCACCUACAAAAAGAACGUAAAUGAAUAUUCAACAAAUAAUAAUGAAUAACAUCAAUAGUCCAUUUGCCAAUUACUGAUUUGAUUGUUAUUACACAUUUUUUUAAA